ACUCGCAAUAGAAUUCUCGGAAUACACGCGCCCCUGCCUCCGAAGCUCCGUUUUAGACUUUUAGUUGAAGACGCAUUGCCAUUUGCCAACCAAUCCUUCGCCCUCUCUCUCCACAAAAGUUCAAAUCAACCCAUUCUCCUCGUCACUCUCAAUCCCCCCGUAACCGAUUUCUUCGCCCCCACUUUGACCUCAUUCUCCUCCCCUUCAAUGGCGUCGGCGCCGGCAGCAGCCCUGACCCGAGACCAGUACGUCUACUUGGCGAAGCUCGCUGAGCAAGCUGAGCGCUACGAGGAGAUGGUGAGCUUCAUGGAGAAGCUCGUCACGUCCGCCACCCCGGCCUCCGAGCUAUCCGUCGAGGAGCGGAAUCUUCUCUCCGUCGCUUACAAGAACGUGAUCGGCUCCCUCCGCGCCGCCUGGCGUAUAGUGUCCUCGAUCGAGCAGAAAGAGGAAGGCAGGAGGAACGACGAGCACGCUGUGCUCGUUAAGGACUACAGAUCCAAAAUCGAGACCGAGCUUUCGGCCGUCUGCGCUGGGAUUCUGGCUAUUCUCGACUCCAAUUUGGUUCCCUCCGCCGUCGGCAGCGAGUCCAAGGUCUUCUACUUGAAGAUGAAGGGGGAUUACCAUCGAUACAUGGCGGAGUUCAAAGUUGGAGAUGAGAGGAAAUCUGCCGCUGAGGAUACUAUGCUUGCUUACAAGGCUGCUCAGUGGCUUUGUCUGAAGGAUAUUGCGCUAGCUGAUCUUGCUCCAACCCACCCUAUAAGGCUAGGGUUAGCGCUGAACUUCUCAGUGUUCUACUAUGAGAUCCUCAAUUCAUCAGAGAAAGCUUGUACCAUGGCCAAACAGGCUUUUGAGGAAGCCAUUGCUGAACUGGAUACAUUGGGCGAGGAAUCUUAUAAGGACAGCACUCUCAUUAUGCAACUACUCCGAGAUAACCUCACUCUCUGGACUUCAGAUAUGCAGGAGCAGAUAGAUGAGGCAUAGACUGGACUGGAUUGCUUUCGCUGUGGGGUGAUGGGUGGAACUAGAAAUUCAAUGGGGCUGUAUACUCUCUCAAGUAUAACUUAUAUCUGUGUUUUUCUAGUCGUUCUGUCAACUGCAUAUAUCUCUCCUGUUGCUCUUAAGCUACUCACUUGGUGAGAAACUCCCUUUGCGUCUCUUGCGAGUAGAAAUUUGGAUUGCCAGUUGAUCGAUCGAUUGACUGAAUUGAAUUCCGUAUUUAUCAUGGUGUAAGUUUGUGUGUUUUCUUCUCUCUGCAUUAUGUUUCUGGUAGCACCUGUUUUUUCUGCGAACUCUCUUGUUAUUCCAGUGAGGUGAUCGUGCAUAGGCUGAGGCCAUCUCCAAGGUGCCCAAGAGCAAGACUUUGGCACUCACUCCACUCCAAC